CUGUACACAAAGAUGGCGGUUGUACGAAAGGUUUGAAGACUUUGCGUUGUAACUUUAGCAGAAACGCGACGGUUUGUUAGGUGUAAACGUGAUCAGUUGAUGUAAAUAAAUACAGUAUAAAUAUAUAUAUAUAUAUCUGAAGUGUUCUAUGUGUGUUAAUGGCUGCUUGGGCUGGGUUUUCGGAGGAAGAGUUGAGACGGAUACAGCAGAAAGGCGACCCGAAUGAGAGCGUAUCUGCUUCGCUUGGCCGCGGCCGGAGAUCCGCUGCUACUAACCGGAGCAGGCAGCAGCUGCAGCGGGAGAAAGCGCUACAGAUGGCCGCUAGAAACAAAGCGAACUCGGGCGACUGUCCGCUCUCUCCUGAGCAGCAGCUUCAUCCUGCUCCAUCACCCGCUCCAUCACCUGCUCCAUCACCCACUCCACGCCAAACAAACCCAGACGUUCAUCAGGAUCCAGAUCCUGUUCCACUAAACUCACAAGAUCCCUCAGCAGCAGUGAAGGAACUGGACAAACAGGAAGUGGAAUUACGAGAGAAGACGCGUCUGCAGCACCUUCAGUGGGAGCAGCGCAUGAUGGAAGAGAAGAAUAAAAGAACCAAAGCCCUCCUUACCAAGACCAUUGCUGAAAAAUCUAAGCAGACUCAAGCUGAAGCAUUGAAACUGAAGAAAAUCCAAAAGGAACUCCAGGUUCUGGAUGAUUCUGUGUCGAGUGAUAUCAGUGUCCUCAGGGGGCUGAUCGAGCAGGCCAGCCUGGAGUACUCCACUGCAUGGAAGCGCUUGGAAAAGGCAGAGGCUGAGUACGUGGCAGCAAAGCUUGACCUGCACAAGAAGACCGAGGUGAAGGAGCAGUUCACCGAGCACCUGUGUGCCAUCAUCCAACAGAAUGAGCUCCGUAAAGCUCGCAAGCUGGAGGAGCUGAUGCUGCAGCUGGAGCUCAGCACUGAGCAGGUGUCCCAAGAAGCGCAGGAGGAGGCGUGUGAGGACAGACAAGGCUCCGCCCACACGGCUACACCCAGUGAAACUAGAGCGAAAUGUGAAAUCGACUGCACACACGUUAGCGAGGAGGGAGACAAGACUGCUCUAAAGACAAGCGAAGGACAGGAGAAGGAACUGCUCACUGCUGCUGCGAGUGACCAGGGCUAGUCCCACCUCAUUCAUUACAGGGGAACUAUGACAUGACCCACAACACUCAAUAAUAAUUAUAUAAUAAUAAUAAUAAUAGCUUAAGUAUUAUUUAUUGUGGUUAGAUGGAGCAGAAAGUUUAAGGCAUAACAAUGUUUUUUUAAAUUCUUAAAAGAUUCAAUUGUUAUAUACAGCCUCAAUACAUCAUCUGUUAAAAUGUCUGUAACACUGUGCUAUAGUCUUUAUUUAACAGUUUCUUGAACAUUGCAAAACACAGAAAAGUGUUUACUCUUUAAACCGUUCAACAGUCACGCAGCUCUGUAAGGUUCUGUCAUGAAAAGCUAUGAUUACUGUGUGAGCCACAAACAGCCAAGACGCAUCCUCACAGUCUAAUUUUAACAGGUCCAAAUCUUUCAGAAAGAUGCAAAGCCGAGUGUAAUGUGGUGGAUCUUUUGUACGAUUCGAAUCGAUGGUUAAAAGUAAUAAUUCUUUCUCUGUUUAUCAGGUAAUAACACUAUACUUUACACUAUGUUUUUAGAGAUUUCAUGUACAUUUAUAUACUCUAUAUAUUUUCAUUUUACAUGUUUGAUACAUGUAAAUAAAUUUAUUUUUCCUUGUUUAAAA